AUGGCUGCUGAAGAAUUAAAAAUUAAGAACAAGAUGCUCAGGCAGCAAAUUAUUGCUGAUCUGAAGGAUCAAAAGAACAAAGAACGUCACAAGAUGAGAGCCCAGAGAGCUAAAGAAGAGAGGGAAGAUCCCACUGCAAAGGAAAAAAGAUUGGCUGAAAAUGUUCCCAAGACCAUUGAAGGUAUGAGAGUUUAUGACGAGACGAUUGGCCAGAAAGAUGAGGCUGAUGAAGAAGAUUUGAUGCAACUUUUCAACAACAACGGUGAACCUCCUAAGAUUCUUCUAACCACCAGUAUAAAUGCAAAAAGGAACGCUUACGAAUUUGCCAAUGUUUUGAUUGAAAUUUUCCCUAAUGUAACCUUUGUUAAGAGAAAAUUCGGUCUCACCAUGAAAGAUAUUGUGGAAGCCAGCAGCAAACGUAAUUUCACGGAUAUCAUUAUUAUCAAUGAGGAUAAGAAGAAAGUAACAGGAUUAACAUUCAUGCAUCUGCCUGAAGGACCGUCAUUUUAUUUUAAGGUUAGCUCAUAUGUGGACGUGAAAAAAAUUGUGGGACAUGGUAGACCAACAUCUCACAUCCCGGAAUUGAUCCUAAACAAUUUCAGUACCAGACUCGGUAAGACUGUUGGUACAUUAUUUCAAUCGAUUUUCCCCAAGAAUCCAGAUUUCGAAGGUCGUCAAGUAAUUACUUUACACAAUCAAAGAGAUUACAUCUUCUUUAGAAGGCACCGUUAUGUGUUUGAAAACGAGAAGAAAGUUGGAUUGCAAGAAUUAGGUCCUCAGUUUACUUUGAAACUACGCAGAUUACAACGCGGUAUCAAGGAAGAAACUGAAUGGGAAUACAGACCCGAAAUGGACAAGGAAAAGAAGAAGUUUUACCUAUAG